AUGGAUCCUAGCAGGGAGAAUCUCCUCAAUGGAGCAGAUCGAGACAGCGACACUGAAUCAGACAUUGACGCAACUGAUUAUCUUAAUAAGAAUGUCACCACUACUCAAUCUCAGGCUGCAGUCAAUUCCCAACGCCGACUGCGACCGGCUGGAGGAGUCUUUCGACGAUGGCGCACGAAGAGAUGUUGUCUGAUCAUCAUCGGUACUAUUGUAGUAGGUUGGCUUCUUAUAUCAGCAAUUGGAGCUUUUGCUUGGAAAAAGAUUAAAACACCUCCUGCUGAUGGACAAUCACCACCAUGGUAUCCCAGUCCCAAGGGCGGUACAGCAAAGAACUGGGAAAAGAGCUACGAAUUGGCUGCCAAGAUGGUCGGCAAGAUGACACUGGCAGAGAAAGUCAACAUUACCACCGGAACUGGUUGGAGUAUGGGUUUGGCUGUUGGAACCACAGGCGCUGCUACCAACGUUGGUUUCCCAGCUCUAGCUCUGCAAGACGGGCCGCUCGGAAUACGCUUCGCUGACAAUGCGACUGCUUGGCCAGCUGGAAUCACAGUGGGAGCUACUUUCAAUAAAAGAUUGAUGUAUGAGCGUGGAAAUGCCCACGGAAAAGAAGCAAAAGGAAAAGGCGUCAAUGUCAUUCUUGGCCCUGCUAUCGGGCCUCUUGGAAGAGCUCCUGCGGGCGGGCGCAAUUGGGAGGGCUUUGGUCCUGAUCCUUAUUUGCAGGGUAUUGCAGGCGCAGAGACAAUCCGAGGUAUCCAGGAUGCUGGUGUGAUGGCGACUAUCAAGCAUUUCAUUGGCAAUGAGCAAGAGCAUUUCCGACAGGCGUGGGAAUGGGGCCUUCCCAAUGCCAUCUCAUCCAACAUUGAUGACCGAACAUUGCAUGAGAUUUAUGGAUGGCCUUUCCAGAACGCUGUCAAGGCUGGUGUUGCGAGUGUAAUGUGUUCGUACAACAUGGUCAACAAUUCCUACGCAUGCCAGAACUCAAAGCUUCUCAAUGGUAUACUCAAAGAUGAGAUGGGCUUUCAGGGUUUCGUUAUGUCGGAUUGGUUGGCGCAGAGAUCUGGUGUUGCAAGUGCCCUUGCGGGAUUGGACAUGAGUAUGCCUGGUGAUGGACUUAAAUGGCAGGAUGGCGAUUCCCUUUGGGGACCACGCUUGACACAGGCUGUUCUCAACGGUUCCUUACCUGUGGAUCGACUGAAUGAUAUGGCGCUUCGAAUCGUUGCGUCGUUUUACCAAUUGGGUCAAGACAAGGACGAGAAUAAGGGCCCCAACUUUUCUUCUUGGACGUAUGAGGAAAAGGGAGUUCUCGCACCUGGAAGUCCUACGCCUCAAGAGAAGCAGGUUGUGAAUCACUAUGUGGAUGUCCAGGAAGACCAUGCCGAAUUGGCUCGACAGAUUGCCAUUGAAGGAACAGUUCUGCUCAAGAACGAAGGGGUACUUCCUCUAAGUCGAAAGGGUCACCUUGCUAAUUCCGACUCAAAGAAGAAAGAUGGAAAGAUAAAGAUUGGCAUUUUCGGCGAAGAUGCUGGUCCUGGGAAUGGAAUCAACUACUGUCCCGAUCAAGGAUGUAAUGAUGGUACUCUUGGGUCAGGUUGGGGCAGUGGUGCAGCCGACUUUCCCUUCCUAAUCACUCCUGUUGAAGCUCUGCAGAAGAACUUUAAGAAAGACAAGGUCCAAGUCAGCGAAUUCCUCUCCAACAAGAUCAAAGAUCUUAAGAAGAUUAAAGAGCAGGAUGUCUGUUUGGUGUUUGCCAACUCUGAUGCAGGAGAAGGGUACAUUGGAUGGAGCAGUGUUCGAGGCGAUCGCAACGAUCUUUUUCUCCAGAAAGGAGGCAAUGCGCUCAUUACACAAGUCGCGGAUAAUUGUGGUGAUGGAACUGGAACGACAAUUGUGGUUAUCCAUGCUGUUGGACCUGUUGUCGUGGAGAGCUGGAUUGACCACCCGCGCAUCAAGGCCGUCUUGACGGCUAAUCUACCUGGUGAAGAAAGUGGAAAUGCGAUCGCGAGUAUUCUAUUCGGCGACGAAAGUCCAAGUGGAAAACUGCCAUACACAAUCGGCAGAUCUCUCGCUGAUUAUGGUCCAGGCGGACAGGUGUUGUACCUUCCCAACGGGGUGAUUCCCCAGCAAGACUUUGAUGAGGGUUUGUACAUUGACUACCGGCACUUUGACAAGUAUAAUGUCGAUGUACGAUAUGAGUUUGGCUAUGGAUUGUCGUACACUACCUUUGAGUACAAAGAUCUCAAGAUCUCCCUCGAGAAAGCAGUGUCGCAACUUCCAGCCUCGCGUGUUUCGCCGUCGAGUGCGAAACCACCAAAGUUGGAUGAUAAGAUUCCUGAUGUCAAGGAGGGUCUUUGGCCUAAGAAUAUUCGGAAGCUGAAGAAGUGGAUUUAUCCCUACAUCGACUCCGCCGACGACAUCAAGAAGGGCGACUAUCCCUACCCCGAAGGUUACGAUGUCGAACAACCGCCUUCUCAAGCAGGAGGCGAAGAAGGUGGCAAUCCCGACCUAUGGAAGACGGUUGUGACUGUCUCCGUCGUGGUAACCAAUAGUGGCUCUGUAGCUGGCAAAGCUGUGCCUCAAUUGUACCUGUCGUACCCCGAGACGUCCAAGGUAGACCAUCCCGUUCGGGUACUUCGCGGAUUCGAGAAAGUUUCUCUCAAGAAGGGCGAGAGCAAGACUGUCGAGUUUGAAUUGACGAGGAGGGACUUGAGUUACUGGGAUGUUGAGGAGCAGAAUUGGAGGGUUACGGAUGAUGGCGAGUUUACGAUUGCUGUGGGAGAGAGUUCGAGGGAUUUGAAGUUGACGGGGACGUUUAAAGCUAGCACAGCAUUGUAG